AUGGGCGCCUAUCUCUAUGGGCGCCUAUCUCUAGGGGCGACUAUCUCUAGGGGCGCCUAUCUCUAUGGGCGCCUAUCUCUAUGGGCGCAUAUCUCUAUGGGCGCCUAUCUCUAUGGGCGCCUAUCUCUAGGGGCGCAUAUCUCUAUGGGCGCCUAUCUCUAUGGGCGCCUAACUCUAUGGGCGCCUAUCUCUAGGGGCGCCUAUCUCUAUGGGCGCCUAUCUCUAGGGGCGCCUAUCUCUAUGGGUGCCUAUCUCUAUGGGCGCCUAUCUCUAUGGGCGGCUAUCUCUAGGGGCGCCUAUCUCUAUGGGCGUCUAUCUCAAGGGGCGCCUAUCUCUAGGGGCGCCUAUCUCUAUGGGCGCCUAUCUCUAUGGGCGCCUCUCUUUAGGGGCGCCAAUCUCUAG